AUGGAUGCAUGUCAUCUUCUUUUGGGGAGACCAUGGAAAUAUGACCUUAAGGCCCUUAAUGAUGGACAUAAGAACACCUACUCAAUCACCAAAGAUGAAAAGGUGAUUGAAUUGAUACCCUUGCCUGAUAAUACUCAGGAUCAGAAGGAGAAGGAGGCAAAUAUCCUGAUCAUGGAAGGAAAAGAGUUCCUCAAGGCAAUCAAGGAAGAGGGAUCACCUUGCUUUACAGUGAUGUCAGUACAAGGGCAAGAAGAAGAGCCCAUUUUAGAUGGAAAAGCAGAAAAGAAAAGGGUGGCAUUCCCUGAGGAGGUGGAGGAAAUGUUUAGAAAAUACAAGGACAUAGUUGUAGAAGAGUUUCCAAGAACCCUACCACCAAUAAGGGAGAUAAGCCAUUGCAUUGAUUUCAUUCCUGCUGCCACCUUACCAAACAAGACAACCUACAAAAUGACUCCCCAACAAAAUGAGGAAGUUGCAAGGCAAAUCCAAGAGUUGGUUGAUAAAGGUUUGAUAGAGAAGAGAUUGAGCCCUUGUGCAGUCCCGACUGUCUUAGCACCAAAGGGAACGUGGAGAUUGUGCACUGAUUCCCGGGCAUUAAUAAGAAAGAAGAAAAGAAGGCAGUUAAAGGAGAAUUGUCUCUUGUGGGAUAGCAAGGAUAGUGGCAGCUAA